UUUUGUCUAAUUUCAUGGCGAUCGGGAGAGAGGGAACACCACCGACGCACGCAUACUGUCUCAGCACUCCUGAAAGAGUUUAUUCGGGUUUAAUCUAAGUUGUCAACCCGACUGGCCCACCAGAAAUUCAUCUACAGUUGAUUCUCAGUGGUCAUAACUGAAGCGGCCGUGCUAGCACUUGGAUCUGUUUCUCACCGUCCCAGGUUAAGACUGCUUGGUCUAUGGCUCUGAUGGACAAACACAAACAGGUCAAGCGACAGAGACUUGACCGCAUCUGUGAGGGUAUCCGACCCCCCAUCCUAAACGGGCCGAUGCACCCGCGGCCCCUGGUAGCCCUGUUGGACGGGCGUGACUGCACUGUGGAGAUGCCCAUCCUCAAAGACGUGGCCACAGUGGCUUUCUGUGAUGCCCAGUCCACACAAGAGAUUCACGAGAAGGUCGUCCUCAACGAAGCUGUUGCUGCUCUGCUGUACCACACCAUUACUUUAUCCAGAGACGACUUGGAAAAAUUCAAAGGGCUACGAGUAAUUGUCCGGAUUGGCUCUGGCUUUGACAACGUUGAUGUUAAAGCGGCCGCUGAGCUCGGUAUUGCUGUUUGUAACGUGCCAGCAUCCUCUGUGGAAGAGACAGCCGACACUUCGCUAUGUCUGAUUCUGAACCUCUACAGGCGAGUCACCUGGAUGCACCAGGCCCUCAGGGAGGGAACCCGUGCCUCCAGUGUGGAGCAGAUCAGGGAGGUGGCUGGUGGUGCCGCUCGAAUCCGAGGGGAAACUCUAGGGAUCAUUGGUCUUGGGCGUGUUGGUCAAGCUGUGGCGCUGCGGGCCAAGGCCUUUGGGUUCGGUGUGAUCUUCUAUGACCCCUACCUGCCUGAUGGCGUUGAGCGCUCUCUGGGCCUGCAGCGAAUGGCCACCCUGCAGGACCUGCUCAUCCACUCUGACUGUGUAUCCUUGCACUGCAGCCUCAACGAGCACAACCACCACCUCAUUAAUGACUUCACCAUCAAACAGAUGCGUCAAGGGGCAUUCCUGGUGAACACAUCCAGAGGCGGCCUGGUUGAUGAGAAAGCAUUGGCUCAGGCCUUAAAGGAGGGCCGGAUACGAGGGGCCGCGCUGGACGUCCACGAGGCAGAGCCCUUCAGUUUCACAACAGGCCCCCUGAAGGAUGCACCCAACCUGAUCUGUACCCCUCAUACAUCCUGGUACAGCGAGCAGGCCUCAGUGGAGGCUCGGGAAGAGGCAGCUAGAGAAGUGCGCCGGGCCAUUACUGGUCGCAUCCCCGACAGUCUGAAGAACUGUGUUAAUAAAGAGUAUCUGAUGGCAGCCUCUCAGUGGUCCAGCAUGGAGGCAGCUACUGUUCACCCAGAACUUAAUGGAGCCACCUACAGAUUUCCUCCAGGUCUGAUCAACGUGGCAGCAGGGGGCCUCCCAGGGACUGGUGCAAAUGUUGACAGCCUGGUUUCAGGAACCCUGGCGCAUGGCAUCGCUCCCGUCUCCCACCCCCCCCACGCCCCGUCCCCGGGGCAGCCCACUAAAGCUGAAGCCGACAGAGACAUCCCCUCCGACCAAUAGCCCCGCCCCCUUGCCGCCACCAGCACAUUCCGUCAUCUCUGGAAACCAAACCGCACCUCCCAGGAUCAGACACAUCCUGACCCUCCAGCGCACCGGCAGCCCCAGUUUGACCUGACGUGGAUCUGCAGUUUCUGAUCACACAACCAGCCCAGGAGUGACCUAUCCUCAGCUAGCACCAUCCCACCCACGCCCCUCCAUCCUCAUCCUCCCCAACACCCCUCCUGCUCCUCUCACCCGCACUACGUCAGCAAUAAUUGUUUUCUCAAGGAUUCAGUGAUUGGAUUGGUUUAGUUCCUUAGUUGGCUGUUGUUUUAAUGGAAAAAAAUAUUUUUUGUGGUUGUAGGUGUUAAUGUUUUUUUUUUUUCUUUGUUUUUUUUUCUUUUAAAGACAUAAAUGUUUUUCUGUCACGAGGCGUUAGUAUGCUGCCUCCUGCAGUCCUCUGCUGGCUUUGACCACAAGAGGCCCAGAGACAGAAAGGUUUUAAAGCCCCACUUUGUACAUUAAUGGCUCAUGUUACUGCUCUCUUCUUCUUCUGUUCUUCUUUUUUCAUCCUCUCCCUCUCUGCUCACUUCUUGAUUGGUAAAAACUGCGUGCUGAAGUAAACCUGACAAGAUCUUGUCCACCCCGCCUAACAUCUAACGGCCCCGCAGCCCCCCCCCCCCCCCC